GAUACUCAAUAUUGAGUAUACUUAAGAGGCACCAUACUCAGUAUGAGUUUGGUAGUUUACUAGUAUAAUAUUACUCUUAUAUUAUAGUCUGUAGUUGUAUUAUAGAAUUCUAAGUCAUUUUUGUAUUUACUAUUAUUUAUUACUUACCUUCAUUCUACUGUUCUGUUUAUUUUGUAGUACUUAUUCAUUUUUUAUUUUUAUAUACUACUUACAACUUGUUAAGUACAAUUAGGUACCCUAGAAUUCUAAAAUAAAUCUUUAAAAUUGUAUUCUGUUUAUUAAUUAUUGAAGUUAAAAAGUCUUGAAUAUAGAUAUGGAAAAAAAAGGCAAGAACACUAGUCAAAAGAAGAAUCUUGCUAAAAUGCAAACCGUGAAAUUGAAUGAUUGUAGAGUAGUGGUAUUAAAGCUGGUGGAUGAAUUACUCGACGCAACGAGUAUGAUGUCCAAUUCCCCAUCAAUCAAAGAACAAUGGUCCAUACAUUUGGUGAUUGUCAACCUAUUGUCCAAGAUUAAUCAGCUUGAAGCAGAGUUUGAUUUGAAACCCUUGUCUCAGAGAAAUGAUCAAUCCAUUGAGAAGUUGACUAAAUGGGCCACAAAAAAUGGUGCUAUUCUUAAUGGAGUAGAAAUUCAUCAAUUUGAAAAUAAUGAGUAUGGUAUGAAAGCUACUAAGAAUAUUGCUGUUGGUGAUACGCUUGUGACUGUACCUAGAGCGUUGAUGAUGACUGAAGAAAGUAUACCAUCAUCUCCACUAUGGAAAUUGCACUCGCAAGACAUGAUGCUACGUAAUAUGCCAAAUGUGGCCCUGGCAAUAUUCAUUUUAGUCGAAUCUUUGCGAAAAGAUAAGAAAAGUUUUUGGCAUUCAUAUUUAACUUCGUUGCCAGUUACAUACUCAACUCCAGUAUAUUUCAAUGUAGCUGAUCUAGAAGCUUUAAAAGGAUCGCCUGCAUUUGAAGCAGCACUGAAACUUAAUAGAAAUAUAGCUCGACAAUAUGCAUACUUCAAAAAACUGUUUCAGCUGUCCAAUGAUCCAGCUAGUGUGAUAUUAAAAGAUACGUUUACUUAUGAGUAUUAUAGGUGGGCAGUGUCGACGCUGAUGUCACGCCAGAAUACAGUUCCUAAUUCUGAUAAUCCGACCGAAAAUGUUAGUGCACUCAUACCAAUUUGGGACAUGUUCAACCACCGCAGUGGAAGACUUUCGACCGAAUUCGUCAAGUCGAGCAACUCGUGCGUGUGCUACGCCGACGGCGACUUCGCGGCCGAAGACCAAGUGUUCAUAUUCUACGGGGUGCGCACCAACGCCGACUUCCUGGUGCACAACGGGUUCGUGUAUCCGGAUAACGAGCACGACGCCGUGAAGAUAAGGCUGGGCGUCUCCCGGUCCGAUCCGCUCUACUCGCUCCGGCACCGUUUGCUCCAGACGCUCUCGCUUUCCGCCCUCGCCGAGUUCUUUAUCACUCCCGGCCCGUUUCCCAUCGACGGCAAGCUCCUCGCAUUCGUCCGCAUCUUCAACAUGGAUCAAAAAACAUUGAAAGACUGGAUACAAAUGGAAGAGAAUCUUUGCCUGAACUUAACGCUAGUGGAUGGUACUCUCGACCCUGCCCUCGAGACCAAGUGCUGGGAAUUCUUGCAAGUCAGGAUCAAUUUAUUGAUAAAGCAGUAUCCAACACCAUCGGAAAAUGUGGGCAAUCUGUCAAAAUUUCAACAGCUGGCCCAUACUCAGAUACAACUGGAAUUGGACAUAUUGAGAAACGCCUUGGAAUAUGUUAAACAACACUUGGACAUUACAUUAAAAUCAUAAUCACAUUUUAAAAUUAUUUAUUAUUAUAUCUUUAAAUAAUAUAAUUUAUCUGUAAGGACUUUCAAGUAAAAUAUAUUUUGUUUUUCAAGA